AUGGAAGGUCUGGUAAUAAGAUUGAAACAAGAGUUCAGCGCCUUCAUGAAGAUGAUGCUGGAAAGAGAGAAACUGAAUUAUGAACCAGGAAGAACCCUGAGUGAUCAACCACCUCUGCUGCCAACACCACCGCCUAGUCAGAGGCUGCAAGUUGGACUCGAAGGUAUCAAGAUUGGGAGGAGAGAAACAAACAAGGCACUGAUUCCAAAUCCCCCAAAAAUUGACUUGCCUCUAUUCGCUGGGGAAAGUCCAAGGGAAUGGAUCAGGAAGUGCAACAAGUAUUGCAUAAACUACCAAAUUCCUAAGGAACAGAAGGUAAAGGUGAUCGAGAUGUACUUGGAAGGGAAGGCGGGCAGGUGGUUCCAGGGAGUUAAGGCGGAGAAACCUGAAAUCACGUGGCCAAUGUUUGAAGAAUUAUUGGGCAAAAGGUUCGAUAACAAGGCAGGUAAGGAUAUUGUGGAGGAAUUUAACAAAUUGCACCAGACAGGGAAGGUGGAGGAGUAUCAGGAAAGGUUUGAGGAGCUCAAGGUCCUCAUGACAAUGAAGAAUCCGCAUCUGAGUGAAGAAUAUUUUGUAUCCAGCUUUAUCAGUGGAUUGAAAGAUGAAAUCAAGACUAUGAUCAAAAUGUUGAGGCCUACCUCUCUGUCCGAGACUUUUGAAUUAGCAGUAUUGCAGGAGAAUGCACUGAACCUUUUGAACCACAUUUCACACUACAAAGUAUCCCCUAUUAGUUCAUUCAGAAAUACUCAUUUCAAAGGUAGACCUGUUUCAACUACUGAAGCAGAACCUAGAAGAAUUUCAGCACAAGAAAUACAAUAUAGAAGGAACCAUGGCCUAUGCUUCAAGUGUGGAGAGAAGUUUGGGCAGGGACAUCAAUGCAAACUGGGCCAUCUGAACUUCCUGAUCAAUGAUGAGGGAGAAGAAUCUGAAUUCGAAGAUGCACUGGGAGAGCAGGAUGAAACCACAGGGAAUCCAGGGCAGAUCAUGGAGAUGUCCUUACACACACUGUCCGAGGCACUUAAACGAAAAACAAUCACACUGGUAGGAAGACUAGAUGGGGAAGAGAUGCUGAUACUGGUAGACACAGGCAGUUCUGAUAGUUACAUAAGCAGUGAGAAGGUAAUUGCCUUUGAUAUUCCUUAUAAAUUAGUCAAUCCUUUUUCUGUGGUUUUUGGGAAUGGGGCUUGUGUAACCAGCAAGGCCAUAUGUCCUAAGGUGGUAUGGGGAAUUAAUCAGCAUAGGUUCUGUUAUGACCUCAAAGUGAUGGAUCUAAGUGGAUGGGACAUAGUGCUUGGGGUGGACUGGAUGACUCAGUUCAGCCCUAUCACUUUUGAUUUCCACAAGCUGACUAUCUUCUUGCAAGAUCAAGGGGAAGCAGUGCACUUGCAUGGCCAAGCUGAAGACUGUGACUUAGAUCUAAUCAGAGGAGGCGACCUGAGGACAUUCAUUGAAUACAAGAGACAGUUGUGCAUGUCCAUGAGAUUGGGACAGGGUGAUCUGAUGCAGGGAAAUGACAUUCCUGCAGGAGUCCAGGGCAUCAUUGAAGAAUUUACAGAUGUGUUUGUAGCACCCUCUGAGUUACCACCAGCAAGAAGUAUAGAUCAUGAGAUACCACUAAAACCUGAGGUUCAACCCUUCAAGAUGAAGCCGUACAGAUACCCUCACUCCCAAAAGAGGGAAAUUGAACAACAGGUUAAGGAUAUGUUGCAGCAUGGAAUCAUAGUGCACAGUAACAAUCCUUUUGCCUCCCCAGUUCUGCUUGUCAAGAAGAAGGAAGGGACCUGGCAUUUUUGUGUAGACUACAGGAGACUGAACGAGAUGACCAUCAAGGACAGGUACCCCAUACCUAAUGUAGACGAACUGAUCAAUGAGCUAGCAGGAUCCAAAUACAAAUCAAAGUUGGACCUCACUUCAGGCUACCACCAAAUCAGGGUCAAGCCUAAGGAUACAUACAAAACUGCAUUUCAAACACACUGUGGCCACUAUGAGUUCUUGUCCUACAUUAGAGCUACACCAGCAACAUCUGAGGAUAGUCUUGACAAUUACUUUGUUAAACAAAUCGUGCUGGAUGAUGUAAUGGCUGCUUCAGCAAGAAAUGAAGAGGGAGUUAGCAGAAAGGGAAAGAUGGGAGAGAGACUUGAGAGGGAAGAUAGAAAAUGCGGAAAAUGA